UGCGUCUUCUUCCCUACAGGACGGACAGCCGGAAACUGCAAGCAAAGUAGCAAACCGUCAGAGCUUCAGAGGCAGCGCCAUGCGUGGCGGCGGAGAUAGCUAGGUGCCGACGCAUGUGCUCUUGAAAUGCACGGGCGCUGCGGCGGAUUGGUUCAGUAGUUCGCGGGGCGGAUGCAGCUUUGGUUGUUUCCUUCCCCAGGGCCUCGGGGAGGGAAAAGGAAGGGAGCAUGGAUCAUGUUGCUGCUUCUCAAAGUGCAGGAAGCGGAGACGAUGACUGAAGAAGAAGGCUGGAACCCGCCUCCGAAACGCGACUCAACCUCAUCACGGCAUCGCAGUCGCCGGUGAGCCGUUGGGAGCACGGAUGCCAAGUUCUGCCACUGCAUGCGAGGUGUACGGUGGAAUGCUCGUGAGCCCUCUGGCUCGCAGACCUCCUCUCAAGAGGCUCUAUUUGAUGGAUGGUGCAAGAAAUUUGAAGGUAAAGAGGUAAAGCUGAUUGUUGAUUGAUUGAGCUCCUUUCCCUUUUUUCGGCCUUAGAAUACUUAUUAUGUCAAGAUUUCUUGGUCUCUUCUUUCUUUCCUCUCCGUCUGCCGUCCAUGCAGGAAACGACUUUUUAAUCGUAAGAGGCACAAGACUUCUCAAAGUGUGUCAAAGCAUUCAUAAAGAAGUAAAGAACACAACUGCGGAAGAGAUAUAAAUGGGGCUGUCAAUCUCAUACCCACAAGAUGACUACCUUCCUGAGGAUGAUGACGAUGAUAUGGACAGGCUCUUUGUGCGGUCUCUAAGCUUUGAUAAUCUUAGCACGCUUGAUACCCUUGAGUCACCACCGGCAUUGCUCGAUGCCCUGACUUCCAAGAGGCUCAUCAUACGAGGCUCUUUAAGCUUUGAAACAAGGGACAGUGAUCCAUUUCAAGCUGAAACUACGCUAUCAAUUGUGAGCCCUCAACCUGCAAAGAAGAGUGGCAACUACAAGCCUAUCAACCUGCGAAGACAUGGAUCCUUGGAUAAUUUGCCACCAAAUUCUCCGGUGAUUGCAAUGGUCAGCCCGAAACACCAGGCUGCAGCAAUAAGGGUGCAGAAGGUGUACAGGAGCUUCAGGACAAGACGGCAGCUUGCUGAUUGUGCUGUUCUUGUUGAACAACGCUGGUGGAAACUACUUGAUUUCGCACUGCUCAAGCGCAGUUCAGUGUCAUUCUAUGAGGUACAGAAGCCGGAGACGGCCCUCUCAAGGUGGUCUCGUGCCAGAACAAGAGCUGCCAAGGUGGGGAAAGGUCUUUCCAAGGAUGAAAAAGCUCAGAAGCUUGCACUGCAACACUGGCUCGAAGCAAUUGACCCUCGACAUCGGUAUGGUCACAAUCUGCACUAUUAUUACCAACAUUGGCUACACUGUGAGAGCAAACAGCCAUUCUUUUACUGGUUGGAUAUCGGUGAAGGAAAGGAGGUUGAUAUGGAGGACCGGUGCCCAAGAUCGAAGCUGCUGCAGCAAUGCAUCAGGUAUCUUGGUCCAAAAGAAAGGGAAAUCUACGAGGUCGUGGUUGAGGAUGGAAAGAUGAUGUACAAGCUGAGUCGCAAAAUCAUCGACACGUUUGAGGGCCCCAGGGGUGCAAAAUGGAUCUUCGUGCUGAGCACAACGAGAAUUCUAUACAUCGGCACUAAGAGCAAGGGCACAUUUCAGCACUCGAGCUUCCUAGCUGGUGGAGCCACAUCUGCUGCGGGCAGACUGGUUGUAGAGAAGGGAAUUCUAAGGGCUGUCUGGCCACAUAGUGGUCACUACCGGCCCACGGAGGCAAACUUCCGGGAGUUCAUGAACUAUCUGAAGACGAGGAACGUGGAUCUUACAAAUGUCAAGUUGAGCCCAUCAGAAGGCGAGGAGGACGAGGGGCUCAGGCACAGGGAGAGCAGCGAUCCCGCGAGGCAAGAAGACUCCAAGCCCCAAACCCCUGGCACCGACCAAGACAAGGCCACAGCCAACACCACGCCGGCCACGCCACCCUCCACGAGCGGUGAUACAGCAACCACCGCAGCAGCAGGAGGAGGAGGAGGAGGCACCCCAGUGAUGAAGAGGUCCUCGUCGGGCAACCGGCUGCAGCGCAAGCGCCCGCCGCGGCUGACGGUGAACAAGAACCAGCUGGGCAAGGGCACCGCCGAGCACGGCGCGGGAGCGUUCGGGGACUGCCUGGACUUCUGCAAGGAGAACCUGUUCCGGGGCGGCGAGGGAGGCGAGGAGUUGGUGGUGGUGCCGCAGGAGAAGAUCCAGCACCGCAUCAACUCCAAGAUGGCCCUCCACUCGUACCAGCUCGGGAACCAGCUGUCGUUCCGGUGGACCACCGGCGCCGGGCCGAGGAUCGGGUGUGUCCGGGACUACCCGCCGGAGCUGCAGUUCCGGUCGCUGGAGCAGGUCAGCCUGUCGCCACGGGCCGGUGCCGGGCCGGCCAGGUUCGGGACUUCGCCCCGGCACCAGAGCCCGUGCGCGCCGCUCGUGUCGCCCACGCCCGGUGGCCUCGUCCCGCCGACGUACGGCGCGGCGGGGACAGCUACGUCGCGGCUGCAGCACGGUGCAGCCUAGUCGCGCGCCAUUGGCAUAUAGCAUGAACCAUACCAGCAGAGCUUCUAACUACCAGCACAGCAGUGUGCCACAACUCCACAGCAUAUUGUUGCCUAUUCUUUGCACACUGGUGAAUCACAACUUCUUUUGUGCAAGAAA